AAUCAGCGCCCGCCUUGGGCCACAGAGUCUGUUUGUGAAUGACGUAAUGAGCGUGAAACAAGAUGGCGCCGUCCGAAGCGUAAAUCGGCGUAAAUGAGUUUAUCGUGGUAAACGUCUGCCUCUCUGGAGGCUCCGGUGUUGCCAAACGACCGUUCCGGUGAAGGAACAUCUCCUCUGUCGGAUAAGUCGUGUUGUGGCCGUCGCUGAGCGCCACAGCACCUUUGUUUCUCUUCCCCCGCGACCCUCCGGUUCCAGCCGGAGAGGCGAGCUGGCGACAGACAGGAUGGACACCGGAGAGUACAUGGAGACCAUGGACCAGAGUUUGGCGGAACUGGGGGACGAAUUCACCCUGGGGGACAUCGACGAUAUGCUGCAGUUUGUCAGCAACCAGGUGGGCGACUUCCCGGACUUGUUUGAGGACCAGAUGACAACGGCAGGCUCAUUGCAGAGUGGCACCAUUACCCCACGUCCUGCCAUUCAAACCCCUCCGACUCCCCAGACACCAAACCCCGUUCCCUACCAGAGCUCAGCUGUGAGCCUCACCAGCUCCCAGACACUGUCUCCCCAGUCUUUACCCCUGACCCCUCCCCUUACUCCCGCCCAGACCCCCUCGCCCCCCACCACCGCCCCCACGGUGCAGCAGCAGGUGACCCGCAGCCCUCCGCUCCUUCAGCCACGGCCUCAUGUGGUUCAGCCCAUCCAGCCUCAGCCCCAACAGACGGCCCAGCCUAGCAUCCAGAUGCACACCCAGGGGAUCGCUAUGCAGACCCAGGCCUUCCCGGUCCACACCCUAGUUCAGACCCACAGCCAGACGGCCAUGCCCAUCCAGACCCAGGCCACGCAAACUGUGAUGAUUGCCUCCAAUGGCGGACAGUCACGUUUCAUCCAGAACCCCGUCAUCUGCCACCAAAGCCCUACUCCUGGUUUCCAAGUCAUCCAACCACAGAUGCAGAGCAUCAUGACAUCACAGCUGCAACCAGUGACCAUUCAGCACCAGCGUGUUCUGACUCCAACAGGUCAAACCAUCCAGACUCUCUCUACACCAACCACAGUCCACACUGUGCAACAGCAGAUGCAGCAAGUACCUCUGCAACUCAAAUGCAGACCAAGACAACAGUCUUGGAUGAUCCCCCGCGUCAUGGAGUGUUGUCAACUCGUGACUGACAGUUCAGGGGGAGAAGCAGUUCUGGUCCAGCAGCCUCAGAUUCUGAAGACGGACUCGCUGCUUGUCACAACUAUCAAACCAGAUGGCACACAGGUGCUGUCCACCAUGCAGAGCCCCACAGGGAUCACCACCUUUAACACGCCCAUCCAGAACACAGCCCUGCAAGUCCCGACGCUGAUGAGCAGCAACAUCCUGACCACCGUCCCCGUUAUGAUGGGAGGAGGAGAUAAGCUGCCAAUCAAGCAGCUGCAGCCAGGCUCCUCCCACUGCACAAGUGUCGCCAGGUCAAAUUUGGAUCAGGGCCAGAUGACAGUUGGAGUAAUGGGCCCAGGAGGAGUGGUGAAGGAGGGCGAGAGGAGGACGACACACAACAUCAUCGAGAAGAGGUACCGCUCUUCCAUCAACGACAAAAUUGUGGAGCUCAGAGACCUGGUCAUGGGCAGCGACGCCAAGAUCCAUAAAUCCGGAGUGCUAAGGAAGGCCAUUGACUACAUCAAAUACUUGCAACAGACAAACCACAAACUACGACAGGAGAACCUGGCCCUUAAAAUGGCAAACCAGAAGAACAAGCCAGUGUCGUUGUCCGAAGAGGUGGAGCUCAAACAGGAAAUAGUGAUGAUGUCGCCUCCGGCCUCGGACUCUGGUUCUGGCUCCCCUCACCAGUUCUCUCCUUACUGUGUUGACUCAGAACCAGGCAGCCCUCUACUGGAUCACGAGCAGGUGAAGAGUGAGCCAGAUUCUCCCUCCACCGUCGGAGUGAUGGAUCGUUCUCGACUGCUUCUCUGCGCCCUCACCUUCUUCUGCCUGUCCCUCAACCCAUUGCCCUCUCUUCUGGACUCCGACGCCUCAGGGAGCCACAGCCUGUCCGCAGGCCACGGGCCAUCGAGAACGCUCGUCUGGUUCCCGACACACACGCAGGACUUUGCGUCCUGGCUGCGGUGCCUGUUGCCGUGGGUGAUGGUGUGGGUGCUGAGCGGGGUGGGAGCUGUGUGGGGCUGUGUCAGGGUGCUCUACCUGUGGGAGCCUGUUACACCACUUCACUCCCCGAAGUCUGUGUCCUUCUGGAGGCAUCGCAAACAAGCCGACCUGCAUCUCAACAGGGGAGAUUACAAAGCGGCAUUGGCUAGUUUAGAGACCUGCUUGUCCGUCUUGACCAGGGCUCUUCCGUCAACCAAUCUGGACCUGGUUUUCUCUCUGUCCUGGAAUCUAAUUCGCUACUGCUUGCAUCGUCCAACUCCUCUGGGAUGGCUGGUUCACCAGGUCCGAGGAAAGCAUGAGGGAGAGGAGGCGAGGACUAGUGCGAAGGACGCAGCACUGGUUUACCACCGUCUGAGCCAGCUGCAACUCACAGGAAAGCUGCCUCAACGUAGUAGCUUGUGGGCUUUGUCAGUCUCCCUCAGCGCCGUCAACCUAAGCGAGAGCGCCCAGGGCAAGAUGGCGCCCGCCCAGCUCACUCAGAUCUACGUCACUGCAGCAACAGCACUGCGUACCGUGCUGGGCCACCACCUCUCCUUUUUGCCUGGUUACCUGUUGAGCUGUGCAGAGAGUGUGGCCAGCCAAUCUGAGACCAAGCCAAUCCCAGAGUGCCUGCGCUGGCUCUUCACCCCACUGGGCAGGCAGUUCUUCCUGAGCUGUGAUUGGUCAGUGAAGUCAGAGUGCAGCGACGAUGUUUACACAUCUCAGAGAGAGCCAGCUGACCCUAUUGCCCAGCUGCACCGCUGCUUCUGCAGGAAGCUUCUGGAGAGAGCUGUUCACACCCUCAUCCAGCCGCAGAGCGACUCUGAAGCAGGCAAACGCAAGAAUGACUCUGGGGAGUUUUCAAGCGCUAUGGAGUUCCUUCAAUUGUUGAACAGCUGUACAGAGGACUCUCCUUCCCUCCCUCCUCCCUUCUCGACUCCUCCCAAUCACACCACCUCUCCAGUGGGAGACCCAGUGAGCCGUUGGUGGGCUUUGGUCCUCAAGGCAGUCGUGCAUUGGCUGCAGGGUGAUGACGCUGCAGUGAGGUCACUGUUAGCAGAGGCAGAGCGAAUGCCCAGGGCGCUUCACACUAUCGACCACUCUCUUCCCAAGGCUGUGCUGCUGCUAUGCAAAGCGGUCCAGAUAAGUCUGUCGCCUCUGAAGGGAGAAGGGGCCGUGGCCUGCCUGUCCCACUGUGACAGAGCCAGCGGCUACCUGCGCGUCAGCGUCUCACUUCCCCUCACCCAGUCGGGGAGCUGGCUGAACAAGGGGGUGGAGCUCCUAGUCUGUGACCUUUUGCUGACGUUAAGGACCAGUUUGUGGCAGCGGGGAGGCAGCAGUAAUGGAGAGCCAGGCCCGGCCCCCGGAUCCCAGUUGGCUGGCUUCCAGAGGGACCUCAGCGCGCUCAGAAAGCUCACACAGUGCUACAGACAGGCUCAACACAAGGUGUUUCUUCAUGAGACCACGGUGAGGCUGAUGGCCGGUGCCAGUCCCACAAGGACGCACCAGCUGCUGGAGCACAACCUCCGACGCAGGACGCCCAACUCCUACACAGCCGAUGGCGAGUGUGUCCUGGGCGAGAGAGAGAGGGCUCAUGCCAUCCUGCUGGCCUGCCGCCACCUGCCCAUGCCCCUGCUAACCCCUCCCGGGCACCGUGCCCGCCUGCUGGCCGAGGCCAAGCGCACCCUGGAGCGGGUGGGGGACCGUCGGUCCCUGCAGGACUGUCAGCAGAUUUUACUGCGCCUCAGUGGGGGCACGACCAUCGCAGCCUCCUGAAAACACACACAUACACACACACACAAACACACAGUGCGAAAACAAACACACAGAUUAGGGCUGCUUAAAAAAACCCACAACAGAUUCAUCCCACAACAUUUAAUUCUAUAAUUGUCACAUAUUUCCAUCCUCAUACUGAUCAAGGGCCAUGAAUAUGGACUCAAACUGGCACACUUCUCUCACACACAGACCAAUUUCCAUUGUCAUGGCUACGCCAGCUUAACACUUGAAGGCUACUGUUGCAGCACAAUCACGCCACCCUAUGGUCAUUAAUGGUACCACAGUGGCCUUGUUUGAAACAAUGCUGAACAACAAGGGAAAUCUGCUUAAAUGCGCCCACGGAGGGGGAGGGACCAUUAUCUCCUAGCUUAAAUAAAUGCAACGCAGCAUUGCAUUGGUUCACUGUAGGAUGCCACGCUGCACAGUCAUAGUUGGCACACAGUAAUGGUGUAAUAUCUCAGUUAACUCGCAAGCUUCAAUAAAGGGCUUUCGAGGAAUUCACGAGUCGACAUCCCUGAUCUGUUGAGCUGUAGGAUGCAGACAGAGAGAAGUGUGCUCUUAACUGCACAGUGCAGAGUAGUGUCUCUUCUUAUCUACCUCAUACACUGUACAAUGCGAGCAUUGUGUUGUUGAGCAAAACAGGAUAUUUGUGUCAGUUGAAAUUGUGGUCCAGUGACCAUUUGAAGUGAUGCUUCGAUCCAGUGCAGCAUCAUUCUAUAAAAAUCUUGUUGAGACUUUAGGAUGCGGCAGUGCAGGACUGUAGGACUUUGACUUGCUUUUGCAAGAACGACAGACAGCUACUGCUGAUGUGUUCCUUACUAUCAAACAAGAAAACGUAUUGGAUUUUAUUGGACGUCAAAAUAACGCAGGGAAGCAGUAAAUCAUGUGCCAAUAAGAAAAUGCCCAGUGACACACAUACACCAUAUACCAGCCAACCAGGCCCUCUUCCUCUGUUACUUUCACUCUCUCUCACCAUUCUGAUAGUGAUACAGAGUUCUUCCUGCAUAACACUGUUCAGUUGUUGUUCCAACACUGCCUUUGUACAGAGGGUUUGCAAGUUAUCAACAAAAGUUCUGGAAAACACUGAAAAAACUGGAAAGAUCGAGGCAUUCUAAAACGUAUGUCCGGUGGUGCACACAAUUCAUGAAUUGCAUACACACUCGCAACGUGAUUGUAUAUAGGUUGUACAUAGGCAGAUAAACAGAAGUAGAAUUUUUACGUUCUGCUUGAGAGACGAUGGAAGCUCUGUAACAAAUUUGGGUCAUAAUGGUCACGUGUCUGACCAGGAGAGCAAAGUCGCGCUGACUUACCCUUAAAAGUGAUCCUCUGUGGUGAGGUGAUGGUCAGUUCUAAUUCACAAUGGAUUACGGUCGUGACGCGUUGACCCUGCAACCAGCAUGUUGUCAAUAAAAGUUCAGGCAGAAUAAUUGACCUCUCGGCUGUCAGAUCUGUGAGCAGCCACGUUUUUGGCCACUCAACAAGUAAAUGAUGUGGAGAUGGUCUAAACACAGUGACGACAUGAGAAAUUGUAUUUCUUGUUAGCGAUGUCCACAUAUAAUGUAAAGCACUCAAGCGAAAUUGCCUUGAUGUUAUGUAAAAACAAAUAACGUUUCAUCAUAUUUGAAUUGAUGGAGGAGUUUUAGCUUUGUGAAAUCUUUUGUCUACUUUGUUUUUUAUUCUGUCAUUCCCAUUUAUUUUCUGUGGACUGAUUAUCUUAUUUAAUGUUAAUGUAAUAUUAAUAUAAAUGCUUUUGUUUGGUUGGAAAGGGAGCAGUUUUGCAAUUUUAUCAUUGUCAUUGUUUAACGUAUGUAAAAGCAGCUUAGGGUCAGAAACGGUCAGAGGGAGAAUCUCUGAUAGGAAGAUGUGUAUUUAAUUGAAGAAGUAAAUCCUCAGUUUAAACAACUAGCAUGACGUUAUUGGAUCACAUUUUAUUUUUUUUGGUACAUGCUGCAAUUUCUUUGAUGUUUGUGAAGUAAAAGCAAACACAUAACGUGCUAAUAGUGUUUUCCAGAACUCUGUCUUCCAGGUCAACUCAAGCUGUCAAUAAGUCAUGUAAGGAGUCCUGAAAAUGCUCACAAACGUUUAGAUGUAACUUUCCUGACUGGUAAAAGUGUGCAAAGACGAUAGAAAUGCUCAACCAGCCGUCGGCAGGCCCUUGCUGUCACAAUUAUGUAUUUUUUUCUUUCUCUUUCCCCAUGAUGUAUUUUACUGUCUGGAUUUUUGUGUUCAUUUUAAUGUUUGUUUUAUAAUAAAACAACCCAUGAUAGA